CUCUUGUGCUAAACUUGUGUUGUGUUGUGCUUGCGGCGUUGGUGCUGUUUAGUUUAGUCGAUCUUUCGGUAUCUAAGAAAAGUAAGUAUAUAAGUCAAAGUUGUUAUAGGUACCUAUUUUUGUGUUAAUUGUUGUCGUUGUUAUAGCACAGGCAUGGCGCCCCAGCACUCAGAAGGGGACCUACAAACGCUCCCCGACCGCGUCGCCGCCACCUUCUCCCACAAGACAGUGCUCGUCACCGGCGGCACAGGGUUCAUGGGGAAGGUCCUCGUUGAGAAGCUCCUCAGAAAAUGUCCAGACAUCAAUCAAAUAAUCCUGUUCGUGCGACCGAAGAAGGGGAAAGACCCUCAGGAGAGACUCCAAGUUAUGUUUAGUGAUCCGUUGUUCGAGAAAGUCACCAACAUGCGUGGUGGAAUCGAGACCCUGAUGAAGAAGAUGAAGGUGGUGGGUGGUGACGCACAGGAGCCGGACCUGGGCCUGCUGCCGGCUGACAGGGAAUACAUCGUUGAUAAUGUUGACAUCAUCAUCCACGCUGCUGCUACUAUCAGAUUUGACGAGAUGUUGAAGAAAGCGGUUCUACUGAACGUUCGAGGCACAAAACUAAUACUAGAGUUGGCGAAAACCUGCAAAAAACUGAAGCUGUUCGUCCACAUAUCGACAGCUUACUGUCACCUGCACGAGAAGCUGCUGGAAGAGGUCGCGUACCCCCCGCCUGCAGACCCCCAUAAGGUCAUCGCGGCCGCUGAACUCUUCGACGAAGCCACACUCGAGUCUAUGUCUAAAAAGUUCCUGGACACGAUACCCAACUCGUACGCGUACACCAAGGCGCUGGGCGAGGCUCUGGCUGUGGAAGCCACGGCACACAUCCCCGUCCUGAUCUUGAGACCUUCCAUCGUGAUCCCAGUCAUAUGGGAGCCACUACCAGGGUGGACAGACAACAUAAACGGACCCACUGGCUUGCUUAUUGGCGCUGGCAAAGGCGUGCUUCGCAGUAUGUACUGUCGCAGCGACAGUUAUGCUGACUAUCUACCCGUGGAUGUCUUCAUCAGCGGCAUUAUGGUUGCCAUUUGGAAUUACUUGAGCUAUGGCGAUACAUCAUCUUCGAUCUACAACUUCACGAGCUCAGCGGAGGUUAAGGUGACGUGGCACGAGAUGAUCGAGACAGGAAGAGCCAUCAUACUCAACAAAGUCCCGCUCAACGGUGUUGCGUGGUACCCAGGCGGGUCGAUGAAGCAUUCCCGGCUAUACCACAACAUCUGUCUAGUGCUGUUCCACUGGGUUCCUGCUAUGCUGGUCGAUGCCUUGUUAUACGUACUGCGAUACGAACCUGUGUUAAUGCGCGUACAGAGACGCAUCAACAAAGGGUUCGAAGUAUUCGAGUAUUACACCAACAACCAGUGGGACUUCAAGUCGGACAAGGGACAAAUGGUGCGCAAGCGCCUAAACGAGAGAGAGGCCAAAGAAUACAAAGUUGACGCUGACGGAGCCGAUAUCCCCCAAUACUUCGAGCACUGCGUGCUGGCAGCUCGUCGGUACAUCCUGAAGGAAUCUGAUGACACUAUCCCAGCUGCUAAGAGGCAUAUGAGAGUAAUGUGGGUCGUCGACGUCAUAUUCCGCAUUGUUAUGUACGGAUUGAUCAUGUGGUACCUCUACAAAUGGACCUCUUCAAUAUUCAGCUCUUCAUCAGUCGAACCUGCCGAGCGAAUGCUAGAGUUUUAAGAAUUUUUUUGUAAUUAGGUACUUAAUUUUAAGGUGUUCCCUAUUUACCUAAUAGUUUUAAGAAAA